AUGGCUCGGGAGAUCCUACAGAAGCACGAUCAAACAUGCUCGAGUAGGACAGUGCCUCACGUGGCCCAUGCACUGGGCCACCACGAGGCCUCCGUGGGCUGGCUCCCCGUGGGGAGCAAAUGGCGCAAGCUGCGCAAAAUCAGCCGAGAGCACAUGUUCACAAUGCACAAGCUCCAAGCGAGCGCAGCCCUCCGCCAAGAUAAGCUGCGGCAACUGCAGGAUUUCUUGGCGGAGAGCUGCUCGGAAGGCAGGGUGGUGAAUUUCGAGGAGGUUGCGUUUGUGACGGCUCUCAAUCUGAUCUCAACAACAAUGUUUUCUGUUGACUUUGCUCGGCUCGACUCGGAUUCGUCUCAUCAGGAGAUGAAGGAGAUCAUCCAGGGGCUUAUGAACAGUGACGACACCGACUGCGGGUGCUCUAAUAGGCGUGGGUUCCAACCAACUGAGCUAACCGAUUGCCAACAGCUUUUCUGGAGAAUUUUUAAGCGUGAAAAUGAUUUAUCUUUCAUUGGGGAUUCACUUUUGGAUAUUUUUGGUCGACUGAAUCGUUUUUCGCUUUCGGAGAUUAGUUGGGUUCCUCGAAAUGAAAACUCUAUUGCCGAUAGUCUUGCUAAGCAUGCUCUUUUGCUUCGUUUAUCUGGUUCUUCCUGUGAAACUUUUCCUGUUGGUUUCAACGUUUUGUUUUAA